AUGGCAGAUAAAGCAGGAGAAAGUGAAGAGUUCUUAGAGUAUGAAAAAAAGAAGGCGAAGGGAGGAUUCAGACCCUAUGGAGAAACUGGGGAGCCUCUCAAGUGGUGUUGACCCAUUACCUUACUCUCUCUCAGCCUGUUCAUGCUGCUACAUCCAUACAGUCUCAGCUCUGAGCAUUGCUAGAGUACUGCCUGCACCUCCCUGACAACGCUACCUCUCAGCAGACACAGAGUUCAGAUGACGCCACCUAGAACUCCCCAUAUCUACCAUGGCUUCUCCAGCUCGCCUCCUGGCUUCAGGAUAGGUGUAAUGGGCUACAGAUAGCAGACGUAGUGUGGGGUCCUGCAGGCUCUGCGGUCCAUGUACUAAGCUCUUCAGGCUAAAUCCCACUGGGCCUUUCACUCUGCACAACUGGCUGUCAGUCAAGCAGGCACUUCUGUUGCUGAAGUUGGCAGAGAUAGGGCUGAUUGAUUCAGGACCAGCCCAGUCUGGACUGGGAACGCUUCCUGUGUCUGCAGUACCUCUCCUUCAAUGACUCCAAGACUGUGAUGAGGACCACGGCACGACUAAGACUCCAGAACACAGUGGACUGGAAGUUGUCAUUACUCACAACAAUACUCAUGUCUAUUUCAAAUAUGUUAAUUGAAGUCCACUGCUUGAAUUAUUGAUCCUCUAAUCUAAUGUGUAAUGUGGAUGAUUUUAAACGUUCAUGUAGUCAGAAUGUAUCUAGAACAUCUGGAAUGCAAAAAAGGUUCGCUUUUUUCCUCCAUUAAAGGGUUUUCCAAGGAUAUUAACCACAUUUUAUAUCAACUCAAUGAACCAAAUGAAAGCUAAUCAAAUGUACACCUUCCUAAUAUUGAGUUGCACCACCUUUUGCCCUCAGAACAGCCUCAAUUCAUCGGGGCAUGGACUCUACAAUGUGUCGAAAGCAUUCCACAGGGAUGCUGGCCCAUUUUGACUCCAAUGUCUGGAUGUGCUUUGGCUGGAUGUGCUUUGGGUGGUGGAUCAUUCUUGAUACACACGGGAAACAGGAAAAAUCCAGCAGCGUUGCAAUUCUUGACACACAAAUCCUUCUUUAAUCCGUCCCCACCCCUUCAUCUACACUGAUUGAAGUGAAUUUAACAAGUGACAUCAAUAAGGGGUCGUAGCUUUCACAUGGAUUCACUUGGUCAGUCUACGUCAUGGAAAGAGAAGGUGUUCCUAAUGUUUUCUACACUCAGUGUAUAUGCACUACCAUUAACCUUUCAUGGAUCCAAGGAGCUCCAUUAGAACACAGUAAUGAUUUUUAAAUAUCAACUUACAGUGCACUAGGUGAAAUUCAACACCGACAGACUGAUGUCUAUCGAUUUUAACAGAUUAUGCUUUUACAACUCUGGUAUAUCCCUCUGGUCUACAUAUCCACAAAUUGUACUUCUUGUACAAAUCUUCACAUAUUUCACUGCCCUGUACCUAAUUUCUACAACAUAUAACUAGAAAUCAAAAUCCACUUGUUAAGGUGAGCACUUUUAUUCGCGCACUUGUUACAACAUGCAGAUUUCAGUCAAGUGAAUCAAAACUAGAAAUCGAAAUUCAUGCACACAUUUUUUUUUACUAAACAUGAAAAUCAACUUGAAAUAGCCCAAAAAACAUAACUAAUUACAUGAGUAUGCUGCAUGGAAAUUACCAUAAAUAUUACAUCCUAGAGAUUAUCAUUGUGGUGGAUGGGGGAGGGGGAAAUCAGCACUACACAUGGAAAUGAUUACAGUGGUGAGGAAACAUUUUCCAGAUGUGUACAUUCCUGGUUUAACAUUACACACUAGUGCAAAUGUCAUUGUAAUACAGCACAUCAAAGGUAAUAAACAGAAAAUUUCACAGGAAACCUCAACUUACUGAGUUUUGAUAAUAUGUAUUUUCCCUAAGUGAUAGAGUGGGAUGGGGAAGGGUACAUAAAAGCAAACUUGUGUGUGAUCGGUUAUUCGUCGUCAGAGGAGUCUCGUUCGAUGCUGUAAGCCAUGAAGAAAGCGUCGGGGCGGGUAGGGACGAGGGGAUGACCUGGUCUCACAAUCUCAAAGCCCAGGAAGCUGAAGGUACGCAGCAGAGAUGCUGGAGAGAGAGAGAGCGAGAGAAAGGGUAGUGUGAGAAGACUCAUAACAAAAUAAUAAAGUAUAAAAAGAGGGGUUGACUGGACACACACACACAGGGACUUACCUCUGUCGUCUCGGUUCUUGUGGAAGCAGAUGAAGACAUGGUCAACCUGCAGCUUCUCUUCCGCAAACUCCAGCAGGAGAGCGAAACUGGAGAAGGGAAGUAA